AUGACUAAGGCCGACGAGGAAAACACCGGUGUUCGCGCCGGAGAGGCAAGCCGGGAUUCAUCAGUCGAUGUUGAGAAACUCGGCCGUCAGAGACCUGAAGUGUUUAAGUCAAUAUGGGCUGAAUUGGGCUUUGGUUUCUCAGUCUUCUGCUCCAUGUUACUGGCAGAAUUUUUCGUCAGUGGAUUUCAUGUCAUUCUUCCGCCCUUGGCUAAAGAACUCGAAAUUCCUUCAGCGUCGCAAACAUGGCCGUCAAGUGUCUUCUCCCUCAUCACGGGAGCCAUGCUCCUCCCCAUGGGCCGGUUGGGAGACAUGUACGGAGGCUACCUUGUUUUUAAUGGCGGUCUGAUAUGGUUCUUCCUUUGGGCUCUCAUUGCAGGCUUCAGCAAGAACUACAUGAUGCUCAUCUUCUGCCGAGCAUUGCAAGGCUUCGGUCCCGCUGCAUAUCUCCCGGGAGGCGUGGCACUGAUGGGUAAAUACUACCGCCCCGGGCCGAGAAAGAACCUCAUCUUCGCUCUAUAUGGUGGAUUCGCACCCGUCGGGUUCUUUUUGGGUAUCUUUAUCGGAGGCUUAUCUGCUGAGUUUCUCAACUGGCGUUGGUACUUUUGGAUCGGCACUAUCAUCUUCGCCGUUGUUUGCGGGGUUUCGUUGGUCGCCGUGCCCUUUGACUACCGAGACAGAAAGGCCGAUAUUCCGAUGGAUUGGUGGGGAGUUGGUACGAUUGUGCCGGGUCUUCUUCUGAUCGUUUACGCCCUGACGGAUAGCUCACACUCUCCUAAUGGUUGGGCAACCCCCUAUAUCAUCGUGACUUUGAUCUUGGGCGUCAUGUUCCUGAUAGGCGCAUGGUAUGUUGAAACCCACAAGGCUCGAGUUCCUCUGUUGCCGGCAGAUCUUUUCGCGCCCAAGGGCAUGAAGCGGUUUAUGGCCGUUCUCUUCAUGGCCUUCGGUACCUUUGGGCUCUUCCUUUUCUACUCGAGCUUCUACAUGGAGCUGGUGCUGCACAGGUCACCACUCAUCACUGCUGUCUGGUAUAUACCGAUGUGUGUGGGCGGUCUGAUCAUCGGUACCGUCGGAGGCUUCACACUGCACUUCCUACCAGGACGUAUGCUGCUGUUCAUAUCGUCCAUGGCAAACGCAACCUGCAUGCUGCUAUUCGCUCUCAUGCCCGAGGACCCUAAUUAUUGGGCUUGGGUAUUUCCCAGCAUGGUCUGCUGUACCCUCGGCAUUGAUAUUACCUUCACAGUCAGCAACAUCUUCCUCACGACUAACAUGCCGAGCCACCGACAAGGACUCGCAGGUGCUUUGAUCAACAGCGUGCUGUUCUUAGGAAUCAGCUUCUUCCUCGGUAUUGCCGACAUUGCUGUUGCUGAGACGUCUGAUCUCGGACUUCGGAAGAGCUACAAGGUGGCUUUCUGGCUGGCAUUCAGUGUCGCGUGUGUUCCUCUGCUGUUCAUCCCUUUUAUCAACAUUGGGUCUGCUAAGAGUGACCUCACGGUAGAGGAGCGUCAGAGAUUGGAGAAUCCACAACGUUCAACGGAAGAGUCGGAGACGGAGCGAGAGACCGGACCGCUUCCGCAAGAGCCGAAGAAUUGA